AUGAGAGGUAGCAAGCCCAGAAAGGCGGACAAGCACGGGGCGGAGCGGCAGUUUGGACACACCCUAAUCCCGCCUCAGCGUUCUAGCCUGCGAACAGGAAGGCGGCAGCUGGCGGAGAAGGUGUCGCGAGAGUUGGCUGUACACUACCCGGUAGGGGCUGUAACUAUGGCGAGUCUGGGGACUGAGGAUGAACAGGAACCUCUCUUAGGCUACGGCACACCCGGAAGCAGACAAUAUGAUGUUGUAGAAACUUCAGAGCAUUAUAAGAGCCGAUGGAGAUCUAUAAGGAUUCUAUAUCUUACCAUGUUUCUCAGCAGUGUAGGAAAUGUGGCAGUUGUUAGAUCAUAUAUUGCUGGUGCUACUUCUCUUCAAGAAAGAACAAGUGCCAUGGCAAACACAAGUGCAUGUCAAGCAAUAGGUUUUAUUCUUGGUCCAGUUUUUCAGACUUGUUUUGCGCUCAUUGGUGAAAAAGGUGUGACGUGGGAUGCUAUUGAUCUGCAGAUAAACAUGUAUACAGCACCAGUUUUACUUGGCGCCUUCUUGGGAGUUUUAAAUAUUAUUCUGAUCCUUACUGUAUUAAGAGAGCAUCGUGUGGAUGACUCAGGACGACAGUACAAAAGCAUUAAUUUUGAUGAAGCAAAUACAGAUGGAGUUCAGUUACCACAAGGAAAUAUUGAUCAAGUUGCUGUUGUGUCCACUAAUAUUCUGUUUUUUGUGGUUCUGUUUAUCUUUGCUCUUUUUGAAACCAUUGUUACUCCAUUAACAAUGGAUAUGUAUGCAUGGACUAGAGAACAAGCUGUUUUAUAUGAUGGAAUAAUACUUGCUGCUCUUGGAAUUGAGGCAGUUCUUAUUUUCAUGGGGAUUAAAUUACUUUCCAAAAAGAUUGGCGAACGUGCUAUUCUACUGGGAGGACUCAUCGUUGUAUGGGUUGGCUUCUUUAUCUUGUUACCCUGGGGAAAUCAGUUCCCCAAAAUACAAUGGGAAGAUUUACAUAAUAAUUCAAUCCCUAAUGCCACAUUUGGGGAAAUUAUUAUUACUUACUGGAAAUCUUCAGUAGAAGAUCGCUAUGAAGAAUCAACUGGCUGUCCAGUUGAACAAGCAUGGUGCUUCUAUACCCCAGUGAUCUAUCUGGGUCAGUUCCUCACUUCAUCCAUGCUAGUUGGAAUAGGCUAUCCAGCCUGUAACGUUAUGUCUUAUACAUUAUAUUCAAAAAUACUAGGACCAAAACCUCAGGGUGCAUACAUGGGCUGGUUAACAGCUUCUGGAAGUGCAGCUCGGAUUCUCGGACCCAUGUUCAUCAGUCAAGUUUAUGCUUACUGGGGACCACGAUGGGCAUUCAGUCUUGUAUGUGGAAUAGUGGUACUCUCCAUCACCCACAUGGGAGUGGUUUACAAAAGACUUGUUGCUUUUUCUCUAAGACAUGGGAGGAAUCAAGAGUCAACUAGCUAA